CAUCAAGCUCGGCAGGAAACCGGUGUUGUGUUGACAUUUCCAAAAUGGCGUCCGAAGUGAAACAGGAGCUUGCACAGCUGAUGAAUUCUAGCGGAUCUCACAAAGAUCUCGCUGCCAAAUAUCGACAAAUUUUGGAGAAGAGCAUCCAGUUUACAGGUGCAGAACAACUGGAGUCCCUGAAGGCCUUUGUUGAAGCAAUGGUCAAUGAAAAUGUCAGCCUUGUCGUCUCAAGACAACUGCUCACUGAUUUCUGCACACACCUUCCCAACCUGCCUGAUGCCACAGCCAAAGCAGUAUAUCACUUUACCUUGGAAAAGAUUCAGCCGAGGGUCAUCUCCUUUGAGGAGCAGGUAGCCUCAAUCAGACAGCACUUGGCAACCAUUUAUGAGAAGGAGGGAGACUGGAGAAAUGCUGCCCAGGUUUUAGUUGGCAUUCCCCUGGAGACGGGACAGAAACAAUAUAAUGUUGACUAUAAACUGGACACAUACCUGAAGGUUGCUCGACUCUACUUGGAAGACGACGACCCGGUGCAGGCAGAGGCUUACAUCAACCGAGCCUCGCUGCUUCAGAAUGAGUCCUCCAAUGAACAGCUGCAGAUACACUAUAAGGUUUGCUAUGCCAGGGUGCUAGAUUUCAGAAGGAAAUUCAUCGAAGCUGCACAAAGAUACAACGAACUCUCUUAUAGGUCAAUUGUCCAUGAAAGUGAACGCCUGGAGGCAUUAAAACAUGCCCUGAACUGCACAAUACUUGCCUCUGCAGGACAACAGCGCUCUCGUAUGUUGGCCACUCUCUUCAAGGACGAGCGCUGUCAGCAGCUGGCUGCUUACGGUAUUCUGGAGAAGAUGUACCUUGACCGUAUCAUCAGAGGAAACCAGCUGCAGGAGUUUGCUGCCAUGCUGAUGCCUCACCAGAAAGCCACCACAGCAGACGUUUCCUCUCCCGGCGACGCAGGCUCCAGCAUCCUCGACAGAGCUGUGAUUGAACACAACCUCCUCUCCGCUAGUAAACUUUACAACAACAUCACGUUUGAAGAACUAGGAGCUUUGCUGGAAAUUCCCCCAGCGAAGGCUGAGAAGAUCGCCUCACAGAUGAUUACUGAAGGGCGCAUGAAUGGCUUCAUAGACCAGAUAGAUGGCAUUGUCCACUUUGAAACCCGUGAAGCCCUUCCGACCUGGGACAAACAGAUCCAGUCUCUAUGUUUCCAAGUCAACAACCUGCUAGAGAAGAUCCGUCUGGCUGCUCCGGAGUGGGCAGCUCAGGCCAUGGAAACCCAGAUGAACCAGUAAACAUCUUCACGGCUGACAGAAGCACCCGAGGAAGGAGAACUCACCAAUAUCGCCAUCACUGGUUGAUGUUUCAUGUUUUUCGCUAAAUUUUCAGUGCACCUUUUUUUUUUUAAAUUUCAUUAAAUCUCAUGCUCAAAG